AUGAGCAAGGCCUGGCGGCGGGGCAGGAUGGAAGGUGGCGAACACGGUGAGGCCGAGGCGGUCGGCGGACAUGGGUCCCACAAGAAGAAGCAUAAGAAGCACAAGAAGAAGCACAAGAAGAAACAUCACCAUCAAGAGGCGGCGGGGCUGCCGCCCCCCGCAGCCCCCGAGCCCUCUGCUGGCCUGCGCAAGCCCCAGCUUAAGCUCAAGAUCAAGCUGGGGGGGCAGAUCCUGGGUACCAAGAGUGUCCCGACUUUCACUGUGGUCCCUGAGGCUCCGCGCUCUCCCUCUCCACUGAUGGUGGUGGACGAGGAGGAGGAGCCCACCGAAGGGGUGCCCAUCGAGCAGUACCGGGCCUGGCUGGAUGAGGACAGCAACCUGGACCCCUCGCCCGUGCCGGAUCUGGACUCGGAGAGCUGCUUUCCUGCUCGUGAGGAGGAAAUGGAGGAGGAAGAGCGCUGGCUUGAUGCCCUGGAGAAGGGCGAGCUGGAUGACAAUGGGGAGCUCAAGAAGGAGGUGGAUGAGUCCCUGCUGACUGCCCGGCAGAAAGCACUCCUGCACAAGCAGCAGAGUCAGCCACUGCUGGAGUUGCCCAUGGGCUACAAGGCAAAGGAGCUGACGGAGGAGAUGCUGGUGAAGCGGGAGGAACGGGCCCGCAAGCGGCGGCUGCAGGCAGCCAAGAAGGCUGAAGAGAACAAGAACCAGACCAUCGAGCGACUGACCAAAACCAACAAGGCCAAGGUGAAGACGCUACGGGAGCGGAAGUCCAAGCAGCCUCCCUGCCCUGUUGUCCACUACUGCAACGCCAUUGAUCGUAUCACUGUCUCCUUCCCUGCUGGCAUGGCCCUGCCGUUGCUGCCUGCCCCGGCUCCCCCCACCGUGCCCCCUGCUGUCCUCUGUGCCGUUGCCGGCUGCUCCAACCUCAAGCGCUACUCCUGCUCCCGGACCGGUCGGCCACUCUGCAGUCUGGCCUGCUACCGGAGGAACCUCCAGCUGCAGGAGGCUGCUGCCUAGGCUAAGGGGGACAGUGGGAAGGGCUAUGGAUCCUCCAGGAUGGACAGAGUGAGGCUGUAUCUGUGCAGCAGUCUCUGGAAGCAGGGAGGAGUCCGAUCUCUCCAGGAUCGCCAGAUAGGGGUUGAGACUGUGGGACAAGGACCCAAGGAGCCAUGAGGGGGCCGUGGCGGGGGCCCGGCCCCUCCAGAACGGACAAAAGUGGGUAGAGACUGAGAGA